AUGUCCUACUACCACCACACGCCGUACCUCACCACCCGCCGACGGGGCAGCAGCUCCUCCAGCAGCGACAACGUGAACACACUGCGGAUCCACCUUCCGCCGCCGGGGGGCAUAUCGAGAAGGGAGGAGGUGAUCCACGGGCUCGAGGAGAAGGUCGAGCGACUGCUGCAGCAGAAGAGGGCGCUCGAUGAUGAGGUGCAGAGGCUCAGGGCUGAGCGGAUCGUUAUCGAACACGAUUUUGGGAAGUUUAUUUUUGACAGCAUUCACACCUCGGUCGAAUCGAAUCAGCAACAUCUCCCCACGAUGUCAUCACCAUACUACCGAUACCGCUACCACGACAGCACGCCGCCGCCACCAGCAGCAGCAGUGCGGGCGCUAUCACCCGUUCCACGGCGGUUCUGGAGCAGCACGCCGCAGCUGCCGCCGCCGCCGCCCGAGGAGCAGCGCAUCGACAUCAACACGCGGGCGAUAGUCGAGGAGGACAUGCAAGCGCGGCGCGAGAUCGAGCGGCGCAAUGCCGAGAAGGAGCGGGAGCGGAAGCGGCGCAAUGCGGAACAGGAACGGGAGCGGGAGCAAUCCCGCGGGGAGAACAGGAUGCAUAGGCUCGAGGAGAGGGAGCGCGCGCAGCGAAGGGAGAUCGAUCGCCUCAGGGAGGAGAAUGAAAUCUUGAAGGUUGAGAAUGAUAGGUUGAGGGACAAACACAAUAAUCCCUCAUCAUAG